AUUUGGACUUGUUCUUCUUUUUCUGCAGCCACCACCAUCACCACCAGCAGCACAGCGAGCAAUCAAGCCAUCGUGUGAAAGAAUAGCCCCUUGUAUUUCAUCUUCAUCUUCAUCGUUAAGGAGUCAAGCUGAAGAAAGACCGACGGGCUUUCUCCAUACAAUGCACGGCCCUUUCUCUGCCAUCCUGAUCUCGGGCCUGCUCUUAUUUGCGGGACUCGGGCCAGCUGCUGCCGCCCCUCCUGGACCAGCGAAGCCCGGCCGCUGUGUUCGCCCAGCCGUGCGUCGGGAAUGGCGCAACCUAUCCCAAAAGGAACGGCUUAACUAUGUUGAUGCUGUCAAGUGUUUAAUGUCAACUCCCAGCAAGAGCAAUGACUUUUACCCGGCAGCCAAGUCCCGGUUUGAUGAUUUUCAGGGGAUGCAUAUUAAGGUUGGGCAUGCGAUGCAUUUUAAUGGCCAAUUCCUACCGUGGCAUCGGUGGAUGAUGCACCUGUAUGAGACAGAACUCAAGACUUGUGGAUUCAAAGGAGCUCUACCAUACUGGGGUAUUGAGCAUGAUAACACCAUUGAGAAUUUUGCCAAGUCCCCUGUCUUCGAUGAUGUUUAUGGCCUCGGCGGCAACGGCGCUUUCAUCGAGGAUGUUAGCUCGCCGAUCGAGUUCCCCAUCAAGACCCCAACAGAAAUCCCAGGCCGCACCGGAGGAGGUUGUGUCACCACGGGUCCUUUCGCCAACCUCACCGUUUCCAUGGGUCUAGGCGACUCCCUGGAGUUCCAACCCCACUGCCUUCGCCGUGAUUUCAGUCCGACUCUCGCGUCGACUUCUAUGAGCCACGAGGUGAUCAGCAAGACCUUGGCUAACAGCAACUUUUGGGGCUUUAGCCGUUGGAUCCAGGGUUUUGGCUUCGACGCCGAGAACCUGACAAUCCAUGGUGGUAUGCACCUGAGCAUUGGAGGCCAGGUUGGCGAGGCCGCUGAUGUCUACUCGUCGCCUGGUGACCCGCUCUUCUACUUCAUCCACAGCGGUCUUGACAGGAUUUGGGACAUGUGGCAGCGCAUGGACUGGCCCAAGCGUAAGUGUGACGUUGCUGGACCCGACACCAUGUUCGCCUACCCCUUCGACUUCUUUGGCGACGUCGAGUACAAAAACAUCACGAUCGAUCAUGUUCUCGAAUAUCCUGGCUUCAGCGAGCCAAUCACCAUUCGUGACGUGAUGGAUACUGCUGGUGGCAAGCUCUGCUACAAGUAUGAAUGAGUGAUGAGAUGAUGAUUGGAACCUCGAAAAUUUGUCUGGUUGGUUUGAAGCAAGCAAAGUCAUUUGUGCCUUGUGCUUUGUCUGCUUUUGGAUACCAAUACCCCCAAUGCAUUAGCAAGCGUACAUAAAUUUGAACGGUUUACCUUGAUGACAUUUGAGUGUUUUCCAUGCGUUGAGUCAAUGUGGCUUUUUAUCAUUGGAUGAACAACCCAUUGACUUUGAUAUUUCUCGGGACAGAUGCGAGGGUUUGGAGGUCCGGUAUGGUGGGAAUCGAGAUGGGAUCACCCAAUGAUCCCAUGGCCACUUGUCUAUUGGAAGUAUCUCUGACAGCAAUGAGAGCCUGAUCACAGGAAUUCUAGAUGAACGAGUCAAUCGAUGCCAAGUGUGACGUCUGAUCAAGGUGCAUAUUGUAUUGUACGUGGUGAGAAGGGAUAUGCAUUGUCGUUUGGCAUUUUAUUUUAUGGUUAUAGAAAGUCGAGGAAUAAGAAAACCUUGAUCAAAAUUUGCU